CUCCGCAGGUACAGUAGAACGCUAGACAGCCGCUCUGGCCACGUUGACAUGUCGUAAUUUCAGGUGUUUCGGUUAGGCGGUUGCUGUUUCGGUCGGUCAGUCGGUCAACUUAGGAGCUCUUCAGUUUAUCCGUAGGAUGAGUGUGGGUUUCAUAGGAGCAGGCCAGCUGGCCCACGCUCUGGUGAGAGGCUUCACAGCUGCAGGCGUGAUUGCCACCCACAGAAUCACAGCCAGUUCCCCAGACACAGAUCUCCCCACAGUGCAGGGACUGCGGAAACUGGGUGUCAAUUUCACCACCAGCAACAAAGAGACAGUGAGCAAAAGUGAUGUUCUCUUUUUGGCUGUGAAGCCACACAUCAUCCCUUUUGUACUGGAUGAGGUUGGACCAGACAUCGAAGAUCGUCACCUUAUUGUGUCCUGUGCUGCGGGUGUCACCAUCAGCUCUAUAGAGAAGAAGCUGCAGCAGUAUCGUCCUGAUCCAAAGGUAAUGCGUGCAAUGACAAAUACUCCAGUGGUGGUGCGGGAGGGGGCAACUGUGUACGCCACGGGCACCCAUGCACAAGUGGAGGAUGGAAAGCUUCUGGAGCAGCUGAUGGCCAGUGUGGGAUACUGCACUGAGGUGGAAGAGGACCUGAUUGAUGCUGUCACAGGCCUCAGCGGCAGUGGUCCUGCUUACGCGUUCACAGCUGUAGAUGCUCUUGCUGAUGGUGGAGUUAAAAUGGGCCUGCCCAGGAGAUUGGCUGUACGCCUUGGAGCCCAAGCUCUGCUGGGGGCUGCUCGAAUGCUGCUAGAUUCAGAGCAGCACCCUGGCCAGCUCAAGGACAAUGUGUGUUCACCAGGGGGCGCCACUAUCCACGCCCUGCACGUCAUGGAGAGCGGGGGCUUCCGCAGCCUCCUCAUCAAUGCUGUAGAGGCCUCUUGCGUUAGGACCAGGGAGCUUCAGUUUUUGGCCGACCAAGAGAAAAUCUCCCCAGCUGCCAUAAAGAAGACAACUCUGGACAAAGUGCUGCAGCAGCCAGGAGUGACUCCAGAGGCAGUCGGAGUCAGAUCUCAUGGGAUCAGUUUGUUCAGUAACAGCAACCAGAGGACCAAGAAGAAGUGAUCUUUUUUUUUUUGUCAGGCUUUGAAACAGCACAUUUUAAUAUACCGUAAAACUUCAGUUAAUAGCCUGCUUAUUUAUUAUUGGCUUAAAUCACUGAAAUCAACAGGCCUAUAUAUGGGACAGGCGUUAAUUCCUUUCAGACAAAACGGUUGCUCUGCAAAAAUUGGGAAAUACAAUAAAAUUGUUUAUAUAAACCAGUAUGAAUAUUACUUGUUUAAAAAUUAGGCUUCAGACAAUAUAUCAAUUAUGAAUCAUUUUUUUUAAAACAGCUCUGAUAGACAGCACA